CCUACGACUCGGAGCUGGCUGACCGGGUUCAUACGACAUUAUGAAUAUAACUAGCUAACAUCAGUUAGUUUGUUGGCUUUAGGCUCAACAAACAACUAAUAUUUAUUAGCUUAGCAUUAAAGUAGCAGCAACUACAGGAUCACCCCAGACUGUGGAUGGAGUCAGCACCAAACUUUUCACUGAUUUGUAUAAUCACAGCGAGGGACCUCAGGGUUUGGGAUUCACACCAUCCUGCACAUCAUCAAGAGAAAAAUGGUCAAGUAUUUCUGUAGCAGCACCGACAUCAGGAGUAGAUGGGACCAUGUUGUCUCUGCUUUCUGGCAGAGGUACCCAAACCCAUUCAGCACCCAUGUUCUCACGGAGGACGUUGUGUACCGGGAGGUAACAGCAGACCACCGGCUCCUCUCCAGACGGCUUCUAAUGAAGACCAAUCGAUUGCCUCGCUGGGCGGAGCGGUUCUUCCCCGCCGGCAUGUCUCGCUCUGUGUAUAUCAUCGAGGACUCCAUCGUGGACCCAGUGAACAAGAGCCUGACCACCUACACCUGGAACCUCAACCACACAACUCUCAUGUCUGUUGAGGAGCGUUGUGUUUUCCAAGGCUCAGUGGAGCAUCCAGCGACCACACAGCUGAAACGUGAGGCGUGGAUCUCCUCGAGCAUUUAUGGCUUCUCCAAACCCAUUCAGGAGUUUGGUUUGGCUCGCUUCAAGAGCAACCAGGUGAAGGCCAUGAAGGGGCUGGAAUACGCGCUGUCCAACCUGCAGGGAGAGACGCCCCAGCGGCUGCUCAGGGACACAGUGAAGGACGCGUCAGAGAAGGCCAAAGAAGCAGCCAAGACGCUGGCUUCAGCUGCUGCCGUCCCACAGAAACCCCGGCAGUUUGUCUGAAAGCACUGUGUGUGUGUGUGUGUGUGUGUGUGUGUGUGUGUGUGUGUGUGUGUGUGUGUGUGUGUGUGUGUGUGUGUGUG